GGAAAUGGAAAAAGUAGGUGAAAUGUGAAAAAAAUAUACCUAUAUUUCACAUAGUUUCACACAACUUUUCCCUUUGCCUUUUUAAAUCCCUCCCCAAAUUCCCCAACCAAACACAGCAUAAAUGACCCCUCUUUGUGACCGUUAACUUGAUAUUGGUGAAAACUUUUAGCAGCUGGGGCUAUAUGGUACUCAAGAACCCAAAAAACACUCCAUAGAUGACUAGACUUGCCUUUGGGAAAGUCAAAUUGAGCUGACAAUUCUCAUUGUUAGAUAGAUCUUCUUUCUCUUGAUGCAAUGGAAUACAAGGUGUUGAAUUGUGGUUCUAGCAAUAUUUGCCAUUACUUGCCAUGCAGUGAGCAACAAAUGUUGAGAUCGGCUCUGUUGAUUCUCUCCAUGUUCUUUCCACUAGUUCACAGCGUUAACAACUUUACCAGUGAUGAAUCUUUAGAUGUUCUUCUCCAAGAUCUUGCUUUCAAAGCUCUACUUCAGCAUCGACCUCACACCGGUGCUCUGUACAAAGCCAGCCUCCCUGCCAAUCUAGCAGGCAUGGAAAUCUCAGUUGUACGUCUUCGAAGCAAGACAUUGUGGAACAGAGGUGCUAAUUUUAGCUACAUUCACAUCCCACUCAGGUCUACACUUCCAAUGCCUCAUGUGAAGAGAAUUCUCAUAGUCUAUACAGAUCUUGGCAAUUGGUCUUCUUACUACUACAAGAUCCCGGGUUACUCACUUGUGUCCUCUGUUGUUGGUUUCAUGGCUUAUGAUGUCUCAAAUGUAAGCUCCAACGGUGUCACCAAGAUCAGUCUCGACACCACUGGAAAGCCAAUGGAGAUUCGAUUUCGCGACUUGACAUUCCCACAAGACAGAAUCCGAAGAAGGUGUGCUAUGUUUAGUGCUGAUGGGAUGGUUUAUCUCAGCGACCUGAGCACAGAGAAUGUGUGCAGUAGUAGAAAUCAAGGGUACUUCUCAAUAGUUGCUCCAUUGAAGAGGAAGAAGACGGUGAGGAAGGGGUUUGUGCUAGGAUUUGUAGGAGUGGUGUUGGUUUGUGUUGUUGGGAUAGUAGUUGUGAAGUUCGUGGCAGCGAAGAAAAUUCACAAAAUGGAGAGAGAAGCUGGUGAAGGUGAAGAGCUCGAAACAAUUUGGAUCGGUACGAGCAAAAUGUUUUCUGCAGCUGUUACAAGAACUCAUCCGGAUCUUGAGGAUGCAAGCCUUUCAUAGAUCUUUUCUUUCUUUGUUUCAUUUUUCUCAAAAAUACCAGCUGAAAGUUUAUUGGAUGGAUCUCUUUACAGGUAAGAAAGAUAUUUGUCUUUGCAUCUUUUUGGAAAAAAAAAAAAAAAAAAAAAAAGAAAAAAGAAAAAGAAAAAGAAAAAAGAAAAUAAGUGAUUAAGAGCUUAAUUUGCCAAAAUAUAGCUUUAAUAAUACGAAGCAUUGUGGGGGUGACAUUUUCAUAUAGAAGUCCGUCGUCAUUUUCAGUGUAUGGUAUUUUCUCCGUCUAAUGUUUACCUUUGCUGAAUUGGUGAUUUCA